AUGUUUAUAUCGUCGACCUUUGCCUACACCAUAGCCUCAGUGACCACUCUUGAAAAACGGUACGCUUUUGAUAGUUUUGUGUCCGGUUUUAUACUUAUAGCCGAUGAUAUCGCGGGUCUUAUAUUUAAGCCAAUUUAUGGUUACCUUGCUAAUUACGUGCACCGGCCGCGGCUUAUCGGCUGUUCAAUGAUAUUAGUGGGCAUCGGCUGCUAUUUGGCCGCUUUGCCGUACUUUAUAUACGGACCGGCCGUUCAUCUAUUGAGCAAAACUGUGUCCCUAAACCAGUCAACAGGCGCCGAGUUUUGUGACGCCAACCGUACUCUAGUGGACGAGUGCACCGAUGGUAGCAAUAGUUAUGGUUUCCCUAUAGUUCCGGUGCUUUUGCCGUUUAUGUCGAUGUUUUUGAACGGUAUCGGAGAAUCGGCCUUCUAUUACGUGGGCAUACCUUUCCUCGACGACAGCGUCGAUAAGAAAAGUUCUCCGAUGUAUAUAAGUCUGUCUGCAUGUCUCCGUUUGUUGGGUCCGGCGUCCGCUUUCUUCCUCUCGUCAUAUGUAUUGACUUUUUACGAAAAUCCCUUCAUGGACCCUGGUAUAAGUGAUACGAGAGAUCCACGUUGGGUGGGUGCAUGGUGGAUUGGGUUCGUGGUACUGGGCACUUUAAUAAUUCUGGUCAGUCUACUACUACUCAUAUUUCCGGCUGAAUUCAAAUCGGAGUCAAUGUUUAGCGGCAAAAAAGACAAACAAAAUGCAUCACAAGUUGUAGUCAAAAAGUCCAAAAUCCCAAAAUUAAGUUUGGGUAAAAGAAUUGUACGCUUAGUGAAAAAUCCGAUCUAUGUUUGCUAUGUGUUGGGCACAGCAUUGCGUUGGUUCGCUGUAUUGGGUUACUGGACAUUCAAACCCAAGUUUAUUGAAUCUCAAUACAAAAAGUCCGCCUCCACUGCAAACUUAUUUUCCGGUAUUCUCGGCACAGUUCCGGCUGCGAUUGGUAUACUUCUAGGCGGAGCUUAUUUAACAUAUUUACAGCCGGGUCCACUACAAUUGACCUCGUUUAUUACUGUAGUUGAAAUAUUAGGCACAAUUAAUUAUGUGGGCGCCCUAUUCCUGGGCUGUCCGCAGACAACAUACGCCGCUCUUCCUGUUAAUAACGUCCAUACCUAUGGAACAGAGUUAAUGUGUAAUACAAAUUGCUCAUGCCCUCAAAAGUUUGAGCCCAUCUGCGGUCCCGACAAUUACACCAACUAUUUCUCGGCCUGUUUUGCCGGUUGUAGUCCACAGUCUCUCAUAUCAAUGAACGGCACAAAACAAUACUCGGAUUGCAGUUGUAUUGACAGCCCAGGAGUGGCCACCGAAGGCUUUUGCGAACCCAAUUGUGGCAACAAUUUUGAAAUAUUAAUGCUUUUGGGGGUUUUAGGCGGUAUAAUAGGGAGACCGGCGGUGACGGGCAAUGUUAUCAUAUCUUUCAGAAUCGUUGAUCCGGAGGACAAAAGUUUGGCUCUGGGUCUGGCGGGAGGGUUUGGAUCUAUAUUUGCAUACAUACCAUACCCUCUGGUGUACGGAUGGGUUACAAACAGCGCGUGUGAGGUCUGGGAGACAAAGUGUGGUCAAACCGGUAAUUGUCUGGUCUAUGAUUCGGACAAAUUCCGGAACCGACUCCACGGCCUGACACUAACCCUCUAUUAUAUCGGUUCAGUGUUUGAUAUAAUAGUGGUUUUGCUGUCAAAGAGAAUCAAGAAUUUAUACGACGACGAAGAAGAAGAGGUUCAAGAAUCUGAUGACAACACAUAA